CACAUUGCACUUUCCUAAAACGAUGGCACGAGGCAAGUUGAUCGUCUUUGAGGGCCUCGACCGAGCAGGCAAGACGACACAAUGUCAGAUGCUCGUUGAGGCGCUGAAGAAGGAUGGAGAAAAGGUGACAUUUAUGCGAUUCCCAGAUAGAACAACGCCAAUUGGACAAAUGAUAAACAGCUACUUGAGCGGAGAGAGUGAGCAGGAAGAUCAUGUUAUUCAUCUGCUCUUCAGCGCAAAUCGGUGGGAAGCCGUCCCCAAGAUCCUCGAAGCAAUCAAUUCCGGCACUACAGUGAUCAUCGACCGCUACUACUACUCCGGCAUCGUCUACUCUGCCGCCAAACAGAACCCUAGUAUGACUUUGGAAUGGUGCAGACAUCCCGAUGUCGGCCUCCCUCGUCCAGACAUAGUUGUCUUCCUUCACAUCUCACCUGAGGACGCCGCGAAAAGAGGUGGGUAUGGGACGGAGAGGUACGAGCAGAAGGCGAUGCAAGAUCGGGUACGAGAAUUAUUCAAGGAAGUGAGGCAGAGCAAGGAGGGUGGUGACUUCAAUGUCAUCGAUGCCGGCGGCAGUGUGGAAGAGGUCCAGGAGAGUAUCUAUGACCUGGCGAAGGGGUUACUUGAGGAUGAGAGCGGGCCGUUGAGGACUGUGGGGGAGUGGUGA